AGUGACUCGUCGGCCUCCGGGCAGCGUGGACGCCGGCCGCCACACCACCGCGCUGCCAGUCUGAGACGUGCGGUGCGCGCCCGGUAGACAGGUUGAAAACGUUUGUUUGUGCCGCCGCCAUAGGUUUUGGUAAUUGGUGUGCAGGAGUGAGCGGGCCGCGGUGGUGGGGUCUCAGUCUCGGCUGCAGUGGCUGGUGAUUCGGUGCGAUCCAGUGAUUGUGCGGUGCAGCCAGGGUGUGCGGCGGUGCAGCCAGGGUGUGCGGCGGUGCAGCCAGGGUGUGCGACGGUGCAGACGGAGCUGGUCGGCAGUCCAGAGGCGCGGCGCCACCCAGCCUUACUAACAACGGCCCGCAGCCGCCGCCGAUGAGCUGACGCCGCGAUGCCGUGUCGGCUGCUGCUUCUGGUCGCCUUUGGGCUGAGCGGGGCGACGGCCGAGCAGCCGCGGGCGCUGGCCGUCUCCCGUCACUACCACGGAGAUCUGGUCACCUUGGAGCGCCGCACGGGCCCAUGUGACGCGGCAUUCUGCUAUAAGUGGGGUGGCCUGUCGGUCGAGAGCCCGCAGGAGCCGGCGGCAUGUCGGUGCCGCUGCGAGCCGCCGUUCCCUGCCUUUCGAGAGGACGUCGGCGCCUGCGUCAACGACGUCCAGGAGUGUCACCUGGCCGACUUCAGCACAGGCGACCAGCUGGAGAAGGUGCCGUUCGUCUUCCUGCCCGAGCGCGGCCAGCUGGUGCACCCGUCGGCCGAGAUCACCAUGUCUGGCGUGGCUCCGGACGAGCAGCCGGUCGUCUCGCCCGUGUGCGUGGUGUCCGGAUCAGAGGUGAUGACCAGGGCAGGCUGGAGCGCCAUCAACUCCACCUUCGAGCCGCCGUUCCGUCUGCGGCGUGACCAGCAAAAGACCUUUCUUCAGUGGGUCGGCGAGGGUGUCGGUGCUGAGGUGCUGCGCGGCAGGCUGGUGCUGGUCCGGCUCCUCUGUAAGGAUGCAGCCAGUGCUCUGCGGGCCCGUUUCGCCCCCUGUCUGGCGUUCCGCGUGGCCGGCACACAAGGCGAGCCGGAGGCGCCGGCGGCAGCCGGCCCCGUCUCGCUGCCGCUCGGUCUUGGAGUGGCCGGCGUGCUGGUGCUUUACGUGGCCGCCCUGGCCGGCUACCUGGUGUACCGGCGCCGGCGCCGGCGCGCCGGCCACCGACUCAUCGAGGACGCCCUCAUGGGCAAAGGCAGCAGAGCGGACAGCUCGCCGACGGUCCGCCGGCAACCAUCCAACAGCAACAACAACCACGACCACAAGGAGCGGUCCGAGCUGGCGUCGAGCCCGAGUCACGGCUCUGCUGGCUCCAGCGAGGUGAACGAGCGGCUCCCAGAGCCAGCGUUGGCCACCCUGGUGGGCGCCGACCGGCAGGCCCACAGCCUCGAUGAUGACGACGAUUUGAGCGGAGGGAGCGCACAGCUGCGGAGACGCCUCUACUUCAAUCCAGCCUUCUUUGACCCGGAUCAGCUGCAUGACCCUCCACUGGCGGCGCUCGAGUUCCUCGCCAAAAUUCGCGACAUGAUCACGAUUGCUAAGCUGAAGAUGCAGGCCAAGCGCUACCAGCCGUCUCUGGCUGCCAUCGCCGAGUCGGCCGAGGAGGCCGAGGAGGGUGGCGCCGGCCGGCCGGCCGAGGAGGGCGGCGCCGGCCGGCCGGCCGCUGCCGUCGACAUCGACCGCUGGCUGGAGACGGUGGUGCGCCAGUCGGGCUCGGAGCAGCCGGUCACCACCAGCUGGCGCCAGCAGCAACACCAGCGGCGCACCAACGCCGCCCAACUCCACUCGCGGCAGGCGCUCAAUGACCUGGUGUCCGAGGCCGAGUCCAAGGUGCCCAAGGUGUCAUCGGACGAGGAGAGUGUGUACUGUGCCGUGCGCGCGGGCCCGCCCACUGGCGCCCUCUACGAGGAGCUCGACACCAGCGAGCGGUCAUUGUCGGCAUUCAGCGGCGAGUACACCAGUGUCAGCAUUCACGGCGACGGCACCGUGAUCCGCACCGGUGGCAAGAUGACCAUCGAGGUGGACGACCGUCCGGGCGCGUCCGACGCCGAGUCCGAGGAGGAGGUCUUUGAUCCGGACACACUGGAGAAGCGCAGAAUCCGCGUCCGCAAGGUCAGGAGGCUACGGCGCAACCCCAGCUUCUACGACGACUCACUGGAGCGACGGAAGCGGGGACUCAACUACGAGGAACGCUUUGAGACGACGCACAUCAGCGUCAACACGGUGCUGAACACGUCUGCCGAGAGCGGCGGGUCACUGUACCGCCGCUGGGGCUCGGCUGCGUCCGGCUCCGAGGCCAAUUCGGUCUACUCACGCAUCAAUUUCGUGACCAGCAAACAGCCCCAGCCAGCGGCCGAGCAGACCGCCGCGCUGGUGGUCGGCAACUUGCGACACAGCCAGCGCAACCUUAAGACGUUCAAGGACUACAGUACAGUCAAAUUCAACGGGCGCACCUCCCUGCUGGAGCAGUGGAAAAAGAAGAACGACCAGCCACGCUCCGACACGCUGGCGGCCGAAGCUGGCGCCGCGGCCCGGCCUGCCGCGGCCACGGGCUCGCCGGCGCCGAGAAGGCAGGAGGGUAUCGGUGGCCCGCCGAGCCCACCCAUACCACCCAGGGCGCCGGCAGCGCCGCCGCUGCCGCCCCGCACCCACUCGCCACAGAGAGCCGGCUGCAGUGGCCGCACCGUGACAGCACCUCCGUCAUCGCCACCUCCGCCGCGGCCGGCGCGCCACCAGCCGCCGCUGCCGCCCAAAUCUGCCGCUCCGCCGCCGCCGCCGCCGCCGCCGCCGCCGCCGCCGCCGCCGCCGCUGCCUAACAAAACACGUCCACCUGCGCCGGUGGUUGUCUCGCCGCCCGCCUCUCGACGCUACUUCCUAGGUCAGAUUGACGGGCCGGCGACCGACGCACCGCGUCGUCGACAUAACAGCGCUGGUGACAGCGAGGGCGGCUCGUCGGCCGGCUCGUCGUGUGCGGCCGACGAGUGCGGCUCGCUGGGCUCUGGGGCCAGCGAGCGAUCAGCGCCGGUCAGCGAGCGAUCGGCGCCUGCCAGCGUCGCGCUGGGCCGUCGGCUGGAGGCCGGCCUGGAGCGGCUACAGCGCAGCUACUCGACCAGUGACGUGGCGCGCUGCGGGCUGUCUCAGGCGCUGGCCAGCUCGCGCUGCUCACUCCAGUCGUCGCAGCGGCGCUUGCCCAACGUAUUGGAGCGCAUCACCGAGUGCGAGUCGGCGAUGAAGCGUGCGGCCGGCGACGGCACCGGCAUGGCGAUCGCGCUCAGCCUGCGGGAGGGCCAGCCUGCGGCGGCGGCGGGCGGGCGCGUGCGGGACAGGUGGCGCCGGCUGCUGGAGCCGGCGGGCCGUGACGACUCCGGCUACCAGAGCACCGACUCGGCCGAGUCGCACCGGCCCGGCGGCAUCCGCCGGCUGGUGCGACACUUCGACGGCGUCGGGGCGCCAUCAACGGCCGCUGCGCUCGGACAGCAUCCGACAGCCGCCACCCUUUGCGACUGAAGCGGCAAAAAAACAAUAGUACAGUUGGCGUGGUUCUGUCAGAAGUCGGAAACUGUGAGAAGGUUCCGUUCCGUUGUUUCUGGUCGGUCUGUACAAGUGGCAACCUCCGUUCCGGGGCGCACCAGGGUGACCGCCCAGACAAAUUCUCCCCAUAAUUCCUAUUAUCCUUCCCGCUGCGAAAAAGUCUCGUUAUUGUCGAAAAUAUCUAACCCUCAAAAUUAUCUCUACAAUGCCAUGGUGGUUUUCCCCGUGUUGGCGCAGUAUCUGAACGGUGGCGCUCAAUAAUCCGAAAAGUAACUAUACAUAGCUAAUAUCUUGGGAAAAUGACUUUGAAAAACAGGAACGCCAUGCCUGUCACUCCGAAGUUUACGUCGGACUUCAUGUGAGAGAACCAUCCUAGAGAACCAUCGUUCCAACUUCCAACCAUCCCGAGUGGAGCGAGCCUUCCCGGUCCUAGCGAGCUGCUGCCAACAGCCAGUGGGGAAACACUUGCCCGUCUAAAAACUCGGCCAAUCGUCCGAGCUUCCGUGUCCUAUUUAUUACACGCAUUCCAGUGAAAUUCGGCUUAGUUCAUGUCGUUCAUGUCGGCAUAUUGCUCAUUAUUGGUAUUUUUAUAGAAAACAUCGAAUAUUAAACAUUUUUUAUUGCAUCAGACGACCACAAUGUAUGAAAUGAUGACUGUUGCGUCCAACUCAACUGGAACUGGCGAACACAUAGCUAAUGCGUUCGAUGGUGUGCUUAUGAUGCUGAAUGGGCAGCUGGCGGCUAAGUAAAGCGUGACUUAAUUUGCAACAAAAUGAGCAAAGUUUUUGUCAGCAUACAAAUGAAUAGGGUGUUUUACAGGACAUUUACAAGUACCAUUCAUUGUGUAAAACCCUGUACUUAGACAUAGUGUAAAUCGCAGGCAUGCAUAGUGUAAAUCGCAGGCAUGAUGUUUGAUGGAAAUGGAAAGAUAAGUUAUCUGUUAUUUGUUAUAGUUAUCGCGUUAUGUUUGGACGGUGUAUCCAGUUACAUUUUUGUAAGUUGUAGAAAAUGGUGUGUAUGGUAUUGUAAUGUUCAAAACAUGCCAAUAAAUGCCCUCGAGAUGA